GAUUUGGUGAGUCAAAUGACGUUGUAUGAAAAGGUGCGACAGCUAGGAAAUCGUGCUUACGGAGCCCCAAGAAUAGGCCUGCCUGAAUACGAGUGGUGGUCUGAGGCGCUCCAUGGUUUGUCCAAUGUCGGUCCAGGUACCUUUUUCGAUGAUUCAGUAGCACAUGCAACUAGCUUUCCCACGCCGAUUCUCACAACAGCUUCAUUCAACGAGUCAUUGUGGAACACAAUUGGGAAGGCUGUUUCCACAGAAGCACGAGCAUUGUACAAUUUAGGGCAUGCUGGAUUAACAUUUUGGAGUCCAACCAUUAACGUAGCAAGAGAUCCAAGAUGGGGAAGAAUCAUUGAGACACCUGGUGAAGAUCCAUUUGUAGUUGGCACCUAUGCCGCGAAUUACGUGAGAGGCUUGCAGGAUGUUGAGGGAACAGAGCACUAUAAGGAUUUAAACUCUAGACCGCUUAAAGUUUCUGCAUGUUGCAAGCACUUUACUGCUUAUGAUGUUGACAAUUGGAAAGGAGUUGAGCGUUACAGUUUUGAUGCCAAGGUGACAGAACAAGAUUUGGCAGAGACAUUUAACCGACCCUUCCAAAUGUGUGUUGAAAAUGGUGAUGUUAGUAGUGUCAUGUGUUCUUAUAACCGUGUUAAUGGCAUACCUGCUUGUGCUGAUCCCAAACUCUUGAAGCAAACCGUUAGAGAAGAUUGGAAUCUUCAUGGAUAUAUAGUUGCAGAUUGUGAUUCUAUUGAAGUAAUGAUUAAGAACCACAAAUGGCUAAACGUUGACAAUGAGACUGCAGUUUCAUACACACUACAAGCAGGUUUGGAUUUGGAUUGUGGAGUUUACUACACCAAUAAUGUUGAAAAUGCUGUGAAACAUGGGAAGGUUAGGGAGGCACUUGUAGACCGGUCACUACAAUACCUCUAUGUUGUGCUUAUGAGGCUGGGAAUAUUUGAUGGACACUCACAAUACAAUUCUCUUGGAAUAAAUGAUGUGUGCUCUAACGAGCACAUCGAGUUAGCGGCAGAAGCAGCGAGGGAGGGAAUUGUUCUUUUGAAGAAUGAUAAUGGAAUUUUGCCAUUGGCAACUGGAAAGUACCCUUCCCUAGCAGUGGUUGGACCACAUGCUAAUGCUUCCACUGCCAUGAUUGGAAACUAUGCAUUUGACCCAUGGAAUAAAGGUACUCCAUGUCGAUAUAUAACCCCACUUAAUGGCUUCUCCAGUUAUGGAAGAGUGAACUAUGCAGCAGGAUGUUCAAAUGUUAAAUGCCCCGAUGGGAGCUUGAUUGGCCCAGCCGUGCAAGUCGCCACAACAUCUGAUGCCACUAUAAUUGUUGCCGGAAUUGAUUUAUCAAUUGAGGCAGAGAGCAGAGACAGGUUGGAUCUCUUCCUUCCUGGAAAACAAACUGAUCUUAUCAACCAGGUUGCUAAUGCUUCAAAAGGCCCCGUAGUUCUUGUAAUCAUGUCGGCCGGAGGUGUUGAUAUCUCCUUUGCUAAGAAUAACCCCAAAAUCCAUGCCAUCUUGUGGUCUGGAUAUCCUGGAGAGGAAGGUGGUCAAGCCAUUGCGGAUAUUAUUUUUGGAAAAUACAAUCCAGGAGGAAGAUUACCCGUUACUUGGUAUCAAGCCGAUUACGUUGACAAGCUACCACUAACAUCCAUGCAAUUAAGGCCAGAUGAUAGCAAUGGCUACCCAGGUCGAACAUAUAAGUUCUUUGAUGGCCCCACUGUCUUCCCCUUUGGUUAUGGCCUCAGCUACACAAAAUUCAACUAUACACUAAAAGCCGCGACAAAUAGAGUACAAAUAAAAUUGACAAAAUUUCAACACUGCCGUGACCUACCAUAUAAAAAUGGAACCUUCAAGCCCAGCUGCCCGGCAAUUGCAAUAGAUGACUUGAGAUGUAAUAAAAAAUUUAAACUUGCAGUUGAAGUUAAAAAUGUGGGCAACAGAGAUGGGGAUGAAGUUGUUUUGGUUUACUCACAGCCCCCAGUUGGUAUUGUUGGAACUCAUAUUAAGAAUCUGUUUGCGUUCCAGAAGGUUUUUGUUGCAGCUGGGACGAGUAAGACUAUUCAGUUUGCCAUAAAUACUUGCCAGGGCUUGGGCAUUGUAGACUCCAAUGGUAAUGCUCUCUUGCCAUCUGGUGCGCACACAAUUAUUGUCGGUGAUGGUGCAAUUGUUUUUCCAAUUCAAUUAACAUAUCGUUAG